AAUAGUUUUGUUAGGUGAUGCUGCUCAUGCUAUGAAUCCAUUAUUAGGAUUAGGUGUAAAUAAUGCAAUACAAGAUGCCGAUUUGUUGACCAAGGAAUUACUUAAUUACAAAAAUGAUAAUUUAAUCGCGUGCAUUCGACGAUAUAAUGAACAAAUGCGAGUUCGAUCAUCUAAAGAUGUUAUAAAAUCACGUAACACG